UCUGCAGCUAGUAUAUAUAGCGGGAGCUCCACUGAGCUGAACAUCAAUCUAGUUUACUUCUCUCGAUAGUAUUUACUACAAAGUUUUAACCGUACUGUUUAACAUGUUGCUUGUUAUUGCCUGUUUAUUUGUUGGAGCAUCUGCUCUGGAGGAUCUCAUGCCUGUUAUACUGGAAGGACCAGCCAACUUGACGAGAGGAGUCGGAGAAACUGCUAAUUUCCUCUGCAAGGGAGAAGGUAACCCCACUCCUAACGUUAUGAUCGUGAAAGAGGACACUAUAUCUGACUUCAACAUGUUCAACGUUGGUGGAGCAGGUUUUAGGUCUCUGGAAAGCAAAGUGAGCGUCGAGAGGACUCUCAAGAAUGUGGCCCGAACUGAUGCCGGAUGGUAUGUCUGCAUCGUAUCCAACCAACACGGAGUUACCUUCAGCAGAGCUUACUUGGACGUUAAGGAGGACCCGUGUAAGGGAGUGAGGUGCCCUAAAAGGAAGUUCUGUUCUGCCAACUACGAGACUCUUACCACUGAAUGCAGGUGCAAACCUUGUGAAGAUUCAACCUACAAACCACUCUGCGCUUCUGACUGUCAGACCUACUUCAACACCUGCCACAUGAAGACUCACAGUUGUGAGAACAACAUCCCCCUGGCAUUUGUUAGCGAAGGAGAAUGCAGGAUCGACGAACUAGAACUAACUGUACCUGCCACCAGGAUUGAGCUGUUCGAGGGAGAGAGCCUGUCUUUAACUGUUUCCCACACUGGUAGUCCCAAACCUACAUCUCUUAAAUGGGUCAAGAUGAGGCAGAACGGAAAACAGAAGAUGGUGACUGAAGACAGCGAACACGUUGUACAAGAAGUAACGGAGAAAGACGCUGGAGUCUACAAGGUAAUUGCUAUGCAAUGCAACAACAAGGUCAUCUCCAAGGAUGUCGAAGUAGUCAUACUUCCCAAAGAAGAAGAUAACUCCGUUGUUAAACCUACGGAAAAAGUCUGCAAAGUUUUCGGAGAUCCCCAUGUGCAGACAUUUGAUGGAAGGACCUAUGAUUUCAUGGGAGCGUGCGACUACGUCUUAGCAAUGGAUGCCACUGCACACUCGUGGAUGAUUGUUGGUCGAUUUAUGCCAUGUGGAAACGGAGUAACCUGUUUGGAGCAGAUCACAAUUCACCACGACAGAAGCAAGGCACCCCUGAUAAUCACCAGAGGCUGGAUAGUCGCACAGAACGGAGAGAAGUUCCGUCUCAAGAAGAACAAGCCAGUUGAUAUAGACGACCUGAUCGUGAGCUACACCGGAUUAACGAUAGAGCUGAGCAGCAUGGUUCACGGGAUAAAACUUCAGUUUGACGGGUUCUGGGGAGUUCAAAUCAUCGCCAGCCCUGGAGUAGCCACCAUGGGACUGUGCGGUAACAACAACGGAGAGGCUGGAGAUGACUUGUACCAGGGACGGUUCGGACUCACAGGAGACGAUACCAACAAGUUUGGAACAAGCUGGGGCUACAGAUACAACUGGUGUAGAGUAGAGGAACCUGUCGGAGAGGUUACCUGCGACAACCAAGCUGAGGUGGAGGAGACUUGCGAUAAUAUCUACAGUCAGAAGCUUUCUCGGAAUGUGAAACUCUUAUCGGCACUAAGUUCUACAGGGACUCCUGCAUAGUGGAUGGAUGUGCUGCUAAGGUGGAGCGAUAUGAGGGAUCAGCUCUCUGUGCCUACGCUAACUCUAUAGCGCAACACUGUCAGGUUGCUGGAUUUAAAGUCCCGAGGAACUUUCUCCAGCAGAUUGGAUGUGGGUCUAAACGAGAGUUCCAGGAAGCUGUCUAUAACUCAGGAUGUCCCCUUCAAGGUGAUCCUCCCUUCCUUGAUACCGAAUAAACU